AUGGCUGAUUUAAAUGAGAGCUUUGACUCGUCUGCAAGUCUUGAAUUCCCGGAUCUUCUAAUUGAGGAUGACGAAAGGUGCCAUCGGAGGUUCAUGUUUACCUCUCGAUGUGAGUUAUGUCUUACAUACUAAAGAUAUUUCUUUUAAGGCAAUAAUGACAUAAAACUGUAUCUGCUUAACCAUCCCAAAACCAACACUCCAGCGUUGUUUGAGAUUGCAGAGGAAGGGCUCAAUGAGGUUUUUCAAAUAUCAUCGGAUGAUCGCAGUGUUAUCUAUGGGGAAACGGUAAUCAAAAAAGGAGAAUUCUACAUGUGUUCUCCAUUGCAUCCAUUCUUUCUUUUGGUUUCCACAUUGGCGGAUAAGGUAAGACAUUUCUACUUAGCAAAGCAUAAUCAAUUAUCUGAAGAAGCCGAAGGAAUUAAAAUUGGAAGAGCUAUUUGUAGACAAUCUGUUGUUAGUUGCUCGUCUCCCGAGCUCUCUGAAAGCGCUGGAGAUUGCAACAAUUGUAUCAGGUGAACAUUAAGAUUUUACUUACAGGAGAAGUACCCCAAGUGCGACGCUCAGAUUUUCUUUAGAUUUUACACACAUGUCGGGCAUGAACGAAAUAUCAAUUCCUGAAAGUUUUAGCUCGCGCUUUGAAGCGCCGCCGAGAUAUUGAACGAUCUUUGCCGCCGAGAGAGCAUGUUAACCGCGGAGAGUGGUGAGAGAGAAAAACAUUUUUUGCUAGUUUUGUGCGGAAAGAAUUGUUUUUUUGUGGAAACAUUACCCUCUAUGGUAGAAAUAGGCAUGAAAUUUCCCGUGCCGAAAUUCGGCAAAAAAUGUCAAAUUAUCGCCAACUUUUGAUCUAAAAAUCUCGGUUGUUUCUGCAAAGCGCGAGCUUGGAUUCUCGCAUAUAUUUUAGAAAAAAUGGUUCUAAAUUUGUGCCAAGUUUCAUCAAAACCUGAACGUCGCACUUGGGGUACUUCCCUUGUUAAUAAAACACCAUUUUAGAUGAGGGUGGUGUUAAAAAGUACACAUACGACCACGAAUACUUGAUUACUUGGUUGACGAAAAGGUUUCAGAUCUUUGUGAAGGCAGUCAAGACCAACGGUCAAGCCCCACCUAUGUACUUAGAAUACGGUAAAUAUUGUGUGCGCCGAAAUUAUUUUUUUUAGAUUCUUCUCUUCGUUAUUUUACAUUCCAAAUCUUCUCUGAUUACCUAUCAGAGGCGCUCACAAAUGAGAUGAGGUGUGUUUUGGAGAUUGAGAAACCAGCGAUUCCCACGUCGACUUCCACUCCUGCCACAGCCAAGAGGAAGGUGGACAUUCCUAAAGCUGAGGUAAUUUUAAUUACUGUUAUUGCUUAUUUUUUAUUUUCUACUGCAUUUUUUUUUUGCAGAAACGCCCUCCUCCAUUAAGUGUAAAACAAAGGAAGUUGAAAGAAGCCAGUAAAGGAGUUCAGUCACUCACGAUGUUCUUCAAUAAGGCUCCAUGA